CUAUUCGCUGGCACAAUACCGACCAACGGCGAAAUUGUAUGGAAUGUUUCCUGGCAAAGAUUUAGGAAAGUGGAGCUCAAAUUCGCAGAAGAUUCGAGGUUCAUUCAUCUUUGCCUAUAAAUUCUGGUUUGUUCUCUAGGUUGAAAUUUUAUUACUUCUUUCAAUCUAUCAAAAUUUUCGUUUCUGCUCUUAGAAAUAAUCAGUGAAAUCUGUUUUAUUUGAAAAUUUCCCGUAAUUCUCAAUCUUGGGUUUUGGGUUUUGGGUUUUGGGUUUUGGGUUUUGGUAUUAGAAGGGUUAGAGAGUAGGAGAAACAAUGGCUUCGCAGUUACCUGUAGGACUUUAUCUGGGUCCGGCAACUCAAGAAUUGCAGAGAGUGAUUUUAGAUGUAAAGAAUGAAACCCAUUGUUUCAAAGGUUAUCUAGGGCGGCUUCAAGCCACUCUUGAAAGCAUAACUCCUCGCAUCAACGAAAUAGAUCGUUUGAAUGCUCAAUUGACCAAUCAGCAGAGACAAGAUAUAGAAAGGUUGAAGGUUGAAUUAGAGAAGGGUCAAAAGCUUGUAAAGAAGUCUGCUUCUGUACCAUGUUGGAGCUGCUUCACGAUGUGUAGGUAUUUGAAGAAAAUCAACAAACUGGAGAAAAAGUUGCUGCGGUUCUUUCAGAUUGAUGUGCCUGUUGAUAUCUGGCUUGACAAUAAACAGAUUCUGGUUGAUCUUAAAGACAUGAUCAGUAAAUUUGAUGCCUUGAGUUUGAAAUCGGAUCACUCUGGUCCUCAGAUCAAGGACAAGGUUUUUGGAUUGGAAGUGCCUCUGAUGGAAUUGAAGAUGCAAUUGUUUAGAGAAGAUGUUAUGGUUCUAGGACUGUGUGCUCCUGGUGGUUGUGGGAAAACAACGUUGGCUACCAUGCUCUGCAGAGAUAGUGAUGUCAAAGGCAGGUUCAAGAACAUAUGCUUUCUUAGCAUUUCAAGCUCACCUAACUUUAAGGCAAUAGUACAAAGAUUAUCUGAACAGAUGUUUCCAAGUGAUCCAGUCCCUCAGUUUCUAAGUGAUGAAGAAGCAGAUAUGAAACUGGGAAACCUGCUGGUGCUAAGUGAACAAAAGCCCAUGUUGUUGGUUCUUGAUGAUGUUUGGGAGGACUCAGUUGUUCAAAAAUUUAUCUUCAGAACAGGAGGAUAUAAGGUCUUAGUUACUUCUAGAACUCAAUGUCAAACAUUUGAUUGUAAAUAUUCUUUGAAAAUGCUUAGUGAUGCGGAUGCCAUGGCUCUGUUCCGUUACUCAGCUUUUCCUCAAAAUGGGGAUGUGAACUAUGAGGAGCCUGAAAGAGAUCUUCAAAACAAGAUAGUGAGAGGUUGUGGGGGACUCCCUCUCGCUCUUAAGGUGAUUGGCAGUUCAUUGCGCCAAGAGCCUAUCGAAGUAUGGCAAAACACAGAGAAGAUGCUAUCAGGUUGCUCCAUUUUCGAGUCUCAAAGUGAUUUGCUCAGGUGUCUCGCUUCGAGUUUAGACUACUUAAAUAAGAAGGUUCAAGAAUGUUUUGUGGACUUGGGUUCGUUUCCUGAAGAUGAAAGAAUCCCUGCUUCAUCUCUUAUAGAUAUUUGGGUCGAACUCUAUGACAUAGAUGAAGUCGAUGCUUACAUCAACCUCCUUGAGCUUUCCACUCGAAAUCUUGUUAAUCUGAUCGAAAUAAAUAGUGGAGAUGCUGGGCAGGUUGAUGGUAACUUGAAUGGGCUAUUUGUUACACAACAUGAUCUGCUUCGAGACUUGGCUAUCUACCGAAGCCGGCAGAAGGGCACAAGAUUAAUCAUGGAAGGAAGAGAAGACAGCCUUCCGAAGAGACGGAGAGAACAAGAGCACCAGUUUCAAAAUGCACGCCUUGUUUCUAUCUACACAGGUGAAACGUUUAUAUCAAACUGGUGCAAUAUGCAUUUCUCUAAAGCUGAGGUUUUAAUCCUGAAUUUAUCUGAAACAAAGUAUACUUUAUCCCCACUCAUGGAGGAGAUAGAGAAGCUGAAGGUUCUGAUCGUCAGAAAUUAUGGGCGCUACUGUGCCCAGCUGAGUUUGACCACGCCUGGUUAUUUGUCCAAUAUAAGAAGAGUGAGGUUGGAAAAGGUUUUGAUCCCAACCCUUAAUGAGAUCACGAUGCCAUUGAAGAACUUGCGGAAGAUUUCUUUGUUCAUGUGUGAGGUUGGCCACGUCUCUAGGAGCUAUGACUUCAAUUUCCCUGACAAGUUACCAAAUCUUGUGGAGAUUAAUAUUGACUAUUGCAAAGAUCUUGUGGAGUUGCCUGAAGGACUCUGUGAUCUCGUCUACUUAAAGAAGCUCAGCAUAACCAACUGUCAUGAAUUACUUGCACUACCCCAGGGAAUUGGAUGCAUGACAGAUCUAGAAGUGUUGCGUCUGAAUGCCUGCACGGGAUUGUUAGAGUUACCCAACUCCGUACAAAAUCUCAAGAAGCUAAGGUUUCUUGAUAUAUCUGACUGUUUGAACAUAGAGAGAUUGCCUGUAGGGAUGGGUGAGUUAAGUCAUUUGGAAAAGCUUGGCAUGAAACAAUGUUGGGGACUGAGUGAAUUGCCUAGUUCAGUAAUGAAUCUUGUGGAUUUGAAGGAAGUGAUCUGUGAUGAUGAGACUGCUGAUCUUUGGGAACCCCUCCAAUGGCAUUUAUCUAAACUGAAAAUUACAGUGCCUAGAGACAUCAACUUGGCUUGGCUUGGAGUUGAUCUGUAGAACUUGUUGCCAAGAAAAGAAAAGGAAAAAAAAAGAAAAUUUCAGGAAAAAGAAAAAUUGAAUUUGAGGAAGAAAUAGAAGCAUACAUCAAUCAUUGCAUCAUGAUGGAAAAAAAAUCAGGUGGAUGCAGCCUCCCCUUUCCUAUCAAUCCCCCCUCCCCUCUGGUGUGUGUGAGUAAAGAUGUGAAAAAUGUAAAUAUGUUAUGUGGACAAGAGACUUAUUACUGUUGUCUGUUUUCUUAAUUAAAAAAAAUUCAGCUUCUGUCCAGAAAAAAAAGUCUGUUGUAGGUGCAACCAUUUAAAAUUUACAGCAUUACAAUCUAUAAGCAUCUUGUUUGAGGAUGAAUCAUAUCAUAUGGUUUCAAUUUUAUUGAAUGAUAUAUCUUUUA